AAUUAAUGCUUUCUAUAGCGUAGAUAAUGGCUCUACAAUUUAAAAUUUUCAAGCAAGAAGUUGCUAUUUUUCAACAACGUAAGUUUAUAAUGAAGAAAAUCUCUCCAAUCAUCAAAGGGUAUCGGACCAUUUUGGUUAACAAAUAAUUUUAGUGCCGAAACUAAAAUCUGAAUCCCAUGCAACUAAUUGCUAUAUAUAGAUGGUAAACAAUCAUUCUUGUUCAGGAACACGCAGAAAGAGAGAUAAAGAGAGAUGGAGGUAAUCACAGAAAGAAAGGCAACGACAAAGGAAAAGCAAGAGCAAGAGCAAGAAGAAGAAGCUCAAGCAGACGUUGAAAUUUGGAAUUAUGUAUUCGGAUUUGUGAAAGUGGCAGUUGUAAAGUGUGCCAUUGAGCUCGGCAUAGCUGACGCCAUAGAGAACCAUGGAGGCCCCAUGACACUUUCAGAAUUAUCAUCAGCUCUCAAUUGCGCGCCCUCCUCUCUUCACCGAGUAAUGAGAUUUUUAGUUCACUACCAGAUCUUCAAAGAGAAACCCACCAGCCACGGAUCCAUAGCCUUCGAACAAACCCCAAUCUCACGCCGCUUCAUAAAACAUGGACAAAACAGCAUGGCCGCUUUUGUUCUACUGGAGAACGGCCCGGAGAUGGUGGCAUCAUGGAUAAACUUGAGCGCCGGCGUCCAGGUCAACGGAACGCCGGCUUUUAAGGCGGCUCAUGGGAAGGAUAUAUGGAGCUAUGCAGUUGGGGAUGGAUCUUUUAGUAAGGUAAUCAAUGAUGCAAUGGCUUGUGGAGCUAGAGUGGUGACAGUGCCGGCGAUUAUUAAAGGUUGUCCUGAGGUGUUUGAUGGAGUUGGGAGCUUGGUGGAUGUUGGUGGCGGGAACGGAACGGCUUUAGGGUUGUUGGUGAAAGCUUUUCCAUGGAUUAGAGGGAUCAAUUUUGAUCUUUCUCAUGUUGUGUGUGAUGCUGAGGAGUCCCAUGGAGUUGAGAAUGUGGGAGGUGACAUGUUUCAGAGUAUUCCAAUGGCUGAUGCUAUUUUCAUUAUGGUUUUGCACGAUUGGGGGGAUGAUGAGUGCAUCGAAAUCCUGAAAAAAUGCAGAGAAGCAAUUCCAAAGGACAAUGGGAAAGUGAUAAUCGUUGAAACAAUAAUGGAAGAAGAAGAAAAUUUAGGAGAUGAAUUAAAGUCAGUGAGGUUGAAGAUAGACAUGGCAAUGAUGGCUCACACUGACAAAGGGAAAGAGAGGACUUUGAAGGAAUGGGAUUAUGUUCUUGGGCAGGCAGGAUUUAGCAGACAUAAUGUUAAACACAUUCGUGCAGUGCAUUCUGUUAUUGAGGCUUAUCCUUAAUUGCUCUAUUACAAUCAAGAUUAUUAAAUAAUUAAUGUUGUAUGUUUAAAAUAAUGGUGGCUACGGCUGUGGCUAUUACCAUUGGGCAAUUGGUGUUUCUCAUGUUCUACUUCUAGCUCGCAGGGUUUAGUUAUUGAAUAAGUAAGAGCAUUCUCGUGUGAUAAUGUUUAUUAAAUGCAUUUCCUUGCAACAAUAACUAAUAUU